UCCCGCCGCCUGCUACGGUGCCCGCCCCCACCAAGCAUGUUCCUGAGGCUCGAGACACUGCUCCGAUGGUUGUGCCCUCCGCUGAAGCCACUGGACGUGGGCCGAAAGGAAACCGAACUGGUCUUUGGUGUUUCAAAUGUCGUUCAGAUGAUCAUCUUUCCAAGGACUGCACGGCGAUUCAUUUCUGUCAUAUUUGCGACAAUUACAAGCACCCUUUGCAUCGGUGCCAUGUGCUUAAGCAACCGAGGCCUACCGCGUCGCUCGGUGGAUGUGGUUUAGUUAACGCUAUGUUCCUGCAGUUGCCGGACUUGCUAUUCAAGGAGCACCUUGCACCUCCAACCCUGCCGACUGCUUUGGUUACGAUCUCCGGUGGGUCUCUGUCCGCUGCUGUGGUUGAGGUAGAGAUCGCCAAGAUCGCAUCGGUUCAGGCAUCUUGGAAGUGGGAAGCCGUACCCCAUGGAGACAAUGCUUUCUUAGUUUGUUUCCCGUCCGUGGAGGUUUUGAAGCGCGUGUCAGCUUUUGAGUAUAAUGUCAAAUCACAAGACGUGAAGAUUGCUUUUAGUGAAUGGAAAGUUGAAGAGGUUUCAUCGAUUCUCCCUUUGCAACUUGUUUGGGUACAUGUCACCGGUGUCCCACCACCUCUCCGCCAUUUUCUUGGUUUGUGGGCGGUAGGAUCAGUCAUUGGCGCCACGCAAGACGUUGACUUGGUUUGUUUGCGCCGUCAUGGUAUUGUGCGCAUCCAGGUGGCGGUCCACUCUUUGGAUAUUUUCUCCAAAAAAGAUGGUUCUGAUGAAGCCUCGGUCUCCUCGGAUGUCUAUAUAAAGCUUAAUGGGUAUGCAUUUCGGUUUGUACUGGAGGAGGAAGAUUUUGUUCCCGACGUUGAUUUUAUUCCCCGGAUUUGGGAAAACCAUGAUAAUGGACAUGAUGACGGCGCUAACCGAGAUGAGGAUAUGCCUGAUAGGGAUGCUAACAAGAGGUCAAAAUGCAUCCAAGCUGUUGAUCAAAAUUCGGCGUCGGGGUCUCAAGUAAGUGCUGCAGUCCCCAUACAGUCUACACAACAAAUAGUGCAUACUGCUACUCUUGAGUCAUCUGUUGUGAGUAUGCCAGAGAAUAUGGAUACACACAUACACGUACCGGUGGUGCAGGAGUCCAUGGAUGCAUGCAUACCAAUGCAAGACGAGUUGGAGAAGGGCGGGUCCACAAGGUGCACCACUAUGCAUGUAACGGAUGCUGGAAACGACUCGGCUGCUCACGUGAAGGCAACAACAGUUGUUCACGGGCCACCGGCGCAGCCAACCGCGGCAAUUUCUGUCUGUGUUGCUGGGCACGCACAGUCGGCCGUGCAUCUGGCCACGACACCAAACGCACACAGUACUGUGCAUGGUGCUACCCCGGCUUUGACGCCGCUACAGCCAACCUUGACCCCAGCAGCGCAUGCGAUACUUCCUGCUUCGGUUGGCGUGCGGGAAUCCAAGACAUCGCCAAUGAUGGAGUCUCCAGUUCGUGCGGCCGUUGCCAUGGUGCCACUUGGCCCAGCGGCGGAUCGUGCUAGAGGAUCUUCUUCGGCAUCUGAUGCGGGCGUUCGGAUGGGAGCCACGACGCCUCCCUCUUCACCAACCCUUGGGACGCUUCGGACGACGCCUGCUUUGCAGAGGACUACAUCAACUACUCCGUCGAAGACUUUGACGGGGACUACGUCCGGAGGGUUGGCUACACCCCUGCGACGUAGUAACCGUCACUCCCUCAAUGUUGAUGGUUCUUCCUCGACUGAUGAGCACUCUCUUGCGAAGGCAAUGCGUCUCCAGGCUUCGAGGAAUUUGGACCCCAUGACAGGUUAUUUUCCGUUGUACGCACUCGCUUCGUACGUGGUGUACGCUACAACGAGCGGAGUACCAACCGUUGUUCAAGGCGGUGUGUACGCUGUUGGAGCAGGUGGCUACGGAGGUUUUUACCCAACAUGGAUGGCAGCAUAAUCUCCGGCUCGGUCCACCAUCUCUUUCGACAUAGGCAUAGUGUCGGUCUAUAGACUCUACUGUUGCCGAAUUGUCGGUCUUUUAUCUUUCUACUUAUCAGACUACUGGUGUUUGGCUGUG